AAUGAAAUAAACGCCGGGCUAAGCAGCUGAGAAUGAACAACAGGCGUCAACAUUGCCUUUCCAUGCUCAGAAUCUGCAAAACCCUGAAGGCCAUCAAACAAAUUCACGCUUCUCUCGUCACAACCGGCCACCACACCGAUCCCUUCUUCGCCGGAAAACUCCUUCUCCAUUGCGCCGUCACAAUUUCCGAUGCUCUAGACUACGCUCGCACUCUCUUCCUUCACUUUCCAAACCCAGAUGUUUUCAUGUACAACACGCUUAUUCGAGGAUUCUCGGAAUCGGGUACGCCCCAAAACGCAAUAUUUACCUUUAUGGAUAUGUGCAGAAAAUCAGUGGACCCACCUGAUAGCUUCUCUUUCGCGUUUGUUCUUAAAGCCGCUGCGAAUUACAGGUCACUGAAAGAUGGGAUUCAACUGCAUUGUCAAGCUUUGCGUCAUGGUCUUGAUACCCAUUUGUUUGUUGGGACGACCUUGAUAAGCAUGUAUGGAGAAUGUGGGUCUGUUCAGUUUGCGGGCAAGGUGUUCGAGGAAAUACGACAACCAAACGUGGUUAUGUGGAAUGCGAUAGUUACUGCAUGUUUUAGGAGUGGUGAUGUUAAGGGUGCACAGAAGAUGUUUGAUCGGAUGCCUGUCAAGGAUUUGACUUCGUCCAAUAUAAUGCUUGCUGGGUACGCAAAAGCUGGGGAGCUUGAACUCGCAAAGAAGGUGUUUUUGGAGAUGUCCCUCAAGGAUGAUGUUUCUUGGAGCACUAUGAUCGCUGGUUUUGCCCAUAAUGGAUGCUUUGAUGAAGCUUUUGGAUAUUUCGGGGAGUUGCAGAGGGUGGGGAUGAAAGCAAAUAUGGUGACCUUGACUACUGUCCUCUCUGUGUGUGCGCAGAUGGGGGCAUUUGAUUUUGGGAAAAUCCUACAUGGAUUUAUAGAGAAAUCUGGGUUUAGCUGGAUUAUUUCAGUGAAUAAUGCUCUGAUUGAUACAUAUUCAAAGUGUGGAAAUGUGGGGAUGGCUCGUUUGGUCUUUGAGAGAAUGCCUGAUAAAAAGAGCAUUGUUUCUUGGACUUCAAUGAUAGCAGGGCUUGCAAUGCAGGGUCAUGGAGAACAAGCAAUACAACUUUUUAAAGAAAUGGAAGAUUCUGGAAUCAGGCCUGAUGGCAUCACCUGCACUUCGAUCCUCUAUGCUUGUAGUCAUGCUGGUUUUAUUGAACAAGGAUGUGCAUAUUUUUCUAAGAUGAUGGAUGUUUAUAAUAUAGAACCGACAAUUGAGCACUACGGUUGUAUGGUUGAUUUGUAUGGUCGAGCUGGUAAGCUGCAAAAGGCUUUUGAAUUUGCAUGUAAAAUGCAAAUACCUCCAAAUGACAUUAUUUGGCGAACUCUUCUUGGUGCUUGCAGCAUUCAUGGUAAUGUUGAGUUGGCAGAGCAUGUGAAGGACAAGCUUUCUGAGCUAGAUCCCAACAAUUCAGGAGAUCAUGUCCUGCUGUCAAACAUAUAUGCCGUUGCAGGAAAAUGGAAGGAUGUUGCCACUGUGAGAAGAUCAAUGACAGAUCAGAAAAUUAAGAAAACUCCUGGUUGGAGUAUGAUUCAAGUGGACAAGUUUAUCUAUAGUUUUGUGGCCGGUGAAAAGCCGAAUGAGAUCACAAAGGAAGCUUUUGAUAAGCUGAGAGAGAUAAUGUUAAGGCUCAGGGUUGAAGGAGGUUAUGUUCUAGAAGUUGUAAGUGUUCUACAUGACAUAGAAGAGGAAGAAAAGGAAGAUUCAGUGUCUAAACACAGUGAGAAGCUUGCUGUAGCUUUUGGGAUUGCAAGGCUGUGCAAGGGAAAGGUUAUAAGGAUAGUGAAGAAUUUGAGGAUAUGUAGGGACUGUCAUACAUUUAUGAAGCUAAUCUCGAAGGUUUAUGGAUUGGAAAUUAUGGUCAGAGAUAGGAGUCGCUUCCAUUCCUUCAGUAAUGGCUCUUGUUCAUGUAAAGAUUAUUGGUAACCUUUGAGUAGUAUGUCAUGACCAUUCACAUGACUGUAACUACCUUGCUUUGGUGCAGCUAAGAAGAACAUUAAGUUGGUGCUAGAGAAGGAGAAAAGUUGCAGACAGAAUUGGUGAGCCAUAUAUCUGGUCAUUAAGCAAAGCCUAAUGAAGAAAAUAUCAAUGAAGUAGCCAUUAAUUUGAAGUAAGUUGCUGAAUCAAAGGAAAAAAAUUGUAAACUAAUAAUUUACUAAACUAACGGGGGAUCUUGAAUUAUGCAUACAAAGAAAAAGAGCUUGGAGUGAAUCAUUCUUUGCCAAGAAUUCAUCUCUUCAGGUGAUCUAUUCAGGUCACAGUACUCAUCCGAUGAAAACACCGAGUCUUGCUCAGGCCCCAAGCAGCUUAGCAUGGUUACCCAUUUCGGUUGCUUGACUGUUGCAAUGGUUACUUGGAUUCUUUGUAAUGUACAUACCAUUUAGUCAGAUUUUCAAAUGAAGAUGGCAAGAAUGGGAUGCCUGAGAUACUUCUAUCUUUGAACUGAUGAGAAGAAACAUUGUUAAAGGCA